CGAUUGAAUUUUUGAUAAUAGAGAAGUAUACGUUAUUCGUUCAAGAUGCCAGACAAUUCUGAUAAUUGCUUUGCAUCCAACACGGUUAUAACUAGUAAAAAUGGUAAGACCUAUCUAGAUGAAUUAGUGGAAGGAGACGAAGCUCUUUCAUUUGACGAUAAUGGUAAAAUCUUUUAUUCCGAAGUCUGGUGUAUUACCCAUCACGUAAAGAAUUCCAGAGCGACGUAUCUACAAAUCGAUACCGAAAGCAAACGGUUGGUAAUAAGUCAUCGACAUUUUGUAUUUGUUAAAAAUGGCGACAAGCAAGAAUAUAAGAAAGCUAAAGAUCUUCAGAAAGGGGACAUUGUUUUUAUCCUGAUUAUAGACGGUGAGAAGAAAAUAAGAGUGGAGGAGUCAGUCAUGGAAAUAGAAGAGGUAGAGCAAGAAGGAAUCUUCAACGUUUUCACCAAAUCAGGCCGUAUCAUUGCAAAUGGAUUUUUUUGCAGCACAUAUGCUGAAGUGCACCCAAAUCUUGUUCAUCCGUUCUUAGCCCCCUUGAGGGCUGCGUACGAUGUUACACCUACUGUGGUCAUGGAAAAAAUAUUGACCAAAAAUGAAGAUGGGAAACCAUAUUUGUUUAAGGCCUCGAGUAAACUAUUAAAACCAGUGGUAAAUUUAUUUCAAUAGUUCUGUAGAUUCUUCUUCUUAGUGUCAUCAGUAAAUUAUGUAGAUUAACUGUACUUACAAUUCAUAGGUAUUCUGUUAGUGUUAUCAGUAAGCAUUACAAAGUUCUGGAGGUUUACUGUACUUAUAUUUUUUUAUAUGUAUUCUGUUAGUGUUAUCAGAAAGUAAUACAAAGCUCUGUUGAUUUACUGUACUUAUAUUAAUGAUUUUACAUAGCUUCUUAGUGUUAUCAGUAAGGUACACAAAGUUCUGAAGAUUUACUGUUUUUUAUACAUAUAUUUCGCUUGUGUUAUCAGUAAAUUACACAAAGUUAUGAAGAUUUUCUGUACUUAUAUGUUUUUUUAUAUAUAUAUUUCGCUUGUGUUAUCAGUAAAUUACACAAAGUUAUGAAGAUUUACUGUACUUAUAUGCUUUUUUUUUUAUAUGUAUUCUGCUUAUCUGUAAGUUAUACAAAGUUCUGAUCUCUGAUAUUGUACACAUCCGGUCCUAUCUCCACUUUCUUUUAAGUAAUUUAAGUAGUAAUGAACAAGAUUGCCUUGAUUCAAAUUUUAUUCAAUCUUCUUCGAUUUUAUUUUCCAUAUGACUUGAACGUACGAAAAUAUAAUUUCUUGACUAUACUUUUGUAUUUCAAUAGUAUCCAAGUUGCUUUGACAAAGUUCAGUAGAUUUACUGUACUUGUUCUUUCCUAUUAUAACUAUUCCAAUAGUGUUUGUGGUUAAUAUUUGUUUGUGAAACCAAAGAAUAAAUAGCGUUUAGAAUAAGAUUGAUAAUUGAAUGAAAUAAUCAAUUAUUAUUGAUGUCAAUCUCUGUAACUGUUAUUUACUAUUGAUCACUUGACUUACUUUGCUGAUAAAUUGAUAUUGCCAUGUUCAUUCAAUGUUCAUAAGAUAUAUUUUUACGUCGUCGAACAUUUUUGAAAAUUUUGAAAUUUUUUUUAUAAGGUUUUUCCUUUAGUUUGGCUUAUGUUUAUUAUUUCUUUCCCAUUUCCUUUGACAAGAUAGUGAUUUGAAAUUCUGCAAUGAGACGAAACUUGAAAGGAAAACUCAUUUUUCGUCAACUUUUAUGUAAAUUGCGUAUGUUUUGGUAACUUUUAGAUUGGCUUCUUUUCGGUAUUUCUUUUUCGCUGCAUAGACACAUAAAAUAUCAUUAAAAUUGACUUAAAUUGUAAUGUCGGACAAAAAAUGGGCCUGCAAAUGACUGAAAAUUGUUUAAAAUAUUUGUGUAAUACAUCUGAAUUAAGAGUUUCUGAAAAAAUAAACAUUUUCUUUAGAUGUUGAA